CACAACUACGGUCUAUAAAAUCUAUCUACUAACUUCGCCCUACUAUAAACAUUCCUUGAAAACCCUAAUUUUUCACCUCCAAAUCGAAAACAGAAGAGAAGAAGAAGAAGAAGCUGCGCCCUCCCAAAAUCUUCAAUCAUGGGUAAGGUUCACGGAUCUUUGGCUCGUGCUGGAAAAGUUAGAGGACAAACCCCAAAGGUUGCUAAACAAGACAAGAAGAAGAAGCCCAGAGGUAGAGCUCACAAGAGGAUGCAAUACAACAGACGUUUCGUCACUGCUGUUGUUGGCUUUGGAAAGAAGAGAGGACCUAACUCUUCAGAGAAGUAAGCUGGAGACACAAUGAGAGGAGUUAUAGGUGUAGGGUAGCUGCUGUAUUUUCUUAUGCCGUGUUAAGUUUUUGUUUGUCCCGAAUGACAGAAUUUCUUUUGCUGUUGAAUUACUUUGAUACUUGCGGGUCUAAUCUUUGAUGAAUUCAUGUGAAAAUCCAACUUGGAAGGGUUUAGUAAGGAGCUUUAUUACAUUACUGUUUGUCU